GCAUUGACACGAUGUAUGUAUGCCGCCUUUGGUGUCCUAAACGCCAAGAGUUCGGCGAGGUAGUGGUGAUCUCUUUUCUACAACUGUACACUUUGUAAAUGUAUCUGGUUCAAAGUUGACGGUUCGAUAUUUAAUUAAUAAUUGUCGUGCAUAUGAUAUUGUGCAGGUGAAUCUGAAUUAAUACAUAUGGAAGUAUGUGUGCCAAGCUGUAAUUCAGCAGUUGUGAUUCAUUAUUCAUCAGCUUUUCAUUUAGUCUCUUCAAACGACAGUAUUUAUUGCAUCAACCAAUGGUGAGGAAACGUGUAAAGCGAAAGGCAACUGCUGUAAGCAGUACUACUGCUUCAGGAGUUUUGGAAAAUAUUGAAAAAACUUCUAUUCAGGUGUAUAACCAAGACCAAUCCAAUGUCAAAACAGUAAUAUCCGAUCAAGAAAUGCCUCGCAAUGACCUUGAUUUAUUUUUAAAAGGACAUAAUCAACCUGUAUCAAAUAAUCUUGCAAGUGAAAAAUUCAUUAUGACCAGUAAGCUUGGAGCUACGAUGUUGGAAAAUACAAGCACAAUACGUCGCACCAAAGAUGUGUCACCAAUAUCAACGAAUGGUGCUCGGCCAAAAUCUAUUAAUGAAGAAAAUGAUCAAGCGACAUUAGUGCAUAAUGAUAUUGAUCCUGAUUAUUUAACACUUUGGCAACAUCCUAUAAUAACUCUCAAUUAUUUUAUAAAAGAACUAUUUUUUGAUUGCCUUAGUUUUGCAAGAAAAACUCUUCAAUACAAAAAAACCGUAUUUUGUAUAGUAGCUUUUAUUACCUUAUUUUUUGUAUUAGGUAGACUAUCUGGGCCACAGCAACAGAUUUUUAAAGCUUGGGAAGCUCAAGUAAUAUGGUGGCUCUAUUGGAUAGGCUUGGGGGUUCUUUCAAGCGUUGGUCUUGGAACAGGAUUACAUACAUUUGUUUUAUAUUUGGGACCACAUAUAGCAGCAGUGACAAUGGCAGCAUAUGAAUGUGGAACUCUGAAUUUUCCAGAACCUCCGUAUCCUGAUCAAAUAAUAUGUCCAACAACUAUUGAUGUAACUUGGACAGUAGGUAUAUUGAAUAUAAUGAGAAAAGUGCGCAUUGAAGCAAUGAUGUGGGGAGCUGGAACUGCUCUUGGAGAAUUACCACCCUAUUUCAUGGCCAGAGCUGCACGUACUAGUCGACAAAGUAGCAAAGAUCAAGAAGAACUCAAAGAAUUAGAGGCACUUGAAGCACUCGAGAGUGGAGAAAAUAUCCCAAUUGUUAUGCGUGCAAAAUUAGCCAUGAAGCAUUUUGUUCAGAAAGCUGGAUUUUUGGGUAUCCUCGCUUGUGCAUCAAUUCCUAAUCCCUUAUUUGAUCUUGCUGGUUUAACCUGUGGUCAUUAUCUUAUACCAUUUUGGACAUUCUUUGGUGCCACUCUUAUAGGAAAAGCUAUUGUUAAAAUGCAUAUUCAGCAAUUAGCUGUAAUUAUAGCGUUCAAUGAAGAAUUGUUAGAUAAAGCAAUUGGUUUUUUGGCAUACAUACCUGUAGUAGGUACAAAAUUUCAAGAACCAUUGAAAAAGUAUCUUGUUGAGCAAAAACGAAAACUACAUGACAAAUCGGCAGUUGAGUCAUCAACAACUAUUUCAUGGUUAUUUGAUAAAUUUGUUAUGCUUAUGGUGUGUUAUUUCUUAGUAACAAUUAUACAUGCGCUUGCACGUAAUCAUCAUCGAAGACGCACAAAAUUAUCCACUGAUUGACCAAUGAUUAAAUUAGAUUAAAUUAUUCACUAAACAAAUUCUACAGGGCAUGAGCCACCAUGCACUAAAAGAAACAACGCAAUUGCGGAGAAAUAAUUAAAUAUCUGCUCCGAUCUUGCCUCGAUGUAAAAAUAAUUAUAAUCAAAUCAAGUCCUCCAAUCAAGUUGGUGCAUUACAGAAGCAUCCAUAAUAUUAUUGAAUAUUCCAAUUGAUGUAUUGUUUUUGACCUGAAUUGUUUUGCUUAACAAGGGCCAUUGUAAGUUUUUGUAAUUGUGCAAGUGCUUCUUGUGAUUAAAGGAUAUUAUUGGAUUUUAUUGCAAGUUAUUUGUUAUAACGAGGUUUAAGGUCAAAUACUCUUUCUGUCUUUGGACCAUAUGUUUUUAAUUAUAUAAUACCUGAGAUGCAGAUUAUACAAAUUGGGCGAACGCUUCUUAACCAUUAAAAUAUUUUAAAUGUAAUUGUAAUUUUUUGUGUGCACCUAAUAUGGAUUAGAAUCGUUCGCAUAAUUUUUAUUUAUGCACUAGCUCUUGAUAGUAUAUUUUUUUUUUGCUAAUGUGACGUGUUGCGCGUGAGUUAGCUGAUUACAUUCCAUAAUCUCAAAUAAAGCACGCGUAAUGAACUAAUUAUAUUCUGAAAAUGUAAUGAAAAUUGUCUGCGAAGUUAUGUUAAUUCUUUAUCACUGUUACUUGUUUACAAUCACAUGUUAUUUUUGUCAUGCCCUUACAACUCAUCUGAAAAGGAGCGUUUCAUAUUUGAGAUAGCGAUUGUGUCAACAAUUAUAUUUUGUAAGUUGAGUGGUUAUGUACAUUGAUAAAGAAACUCCUGUUCCUUUAAAUAAAUUUCUACACCUUUGCAAAUAUA